AUGCACUGACCCCAGCUGCCCUUCAGGAGGCUGGCACUAAGCCACCAGCUGCUUAUCAAGGGCGGGACAGUGGUGACGUGCGGCUCUUCCUCCAUGAGCCCUGCCUGGACACUUGACUCUGCCACAUCUUCCCCAGGACAGCUUCUCUGGAGGACCCUGGGAUUCAGAAGGAGCUCCGAAAGCGUCUAAGCAAGUUCUGAAAAUCCACAAAGAAAUCCACAGGUCUGAUGGCCACCCCCAAGGAAAGGGGAGACUCCAGCUCCCAGAUACCAGGCCCUGGAUGGCAGAAAAGUGGAAACUGUGUGGAGCAGCCGGACCACCCGGUCAGGUUGGAGGUGGAGGAGCAAGUGCCAGACCAGAGUAUUGUGUGGAGGAAAGCACAGGAAUUCUUCCAGACAUGUGACUCCGAAGGCAAGGGCUUCAUCGCCAGGACGGACAUGCAGAGGCUACAUCAGGAGCUACCCCUAAGUCUGGAAGAACUGGAGCAUGUGUUUGAUGCCCUGGAUGCUGACGGCAAUGGCUUUCUGACCCCAGAGGAGUUCACCGCUGGAUUUAGUCACUUCUUCUUCGGUCAAAAUAGCCAAAGUGAGAAGGAAACUGGCAAGCAGGUGGCCCAGCUCCUAGAGGAGAAGGUGUAUCAGUCUAGAGGGGGCGAGGAUGUGGAAGACAUGGACCACGAUGAGGAAGCACAGUUCCAGAUGCUGAUGGAUAAACUUGGAGCCCAGAAGGUUUUGGAAGAUGAAAGUGAUGUCAGGCAGCUGUGGCUGCAGCUGAAGAAGGACGAACCCCACUUACUGUCCAACUUCGAAGACCUCCUCACCACAAUCUUCGCUCAGCUCCAAGAAGCCCAUAAGCAGAAGAAUGAGCUGGAGUGUGCCCUCAGAAAGAAAAUCGCGGCUUAUGAUGAAGAAAUCCAGCAUCUCUACGAGGAGAUGGAACAGCAGAUCAAAAGCGAAAGGGAGCAGUUCCUCCUAAAAGACACAGAGAGGUUCCAAGCCCGCAGUCGAGAGCUGGAAAAGAAGCUGAGCGCCAAGGAGCAGGAGCUGGAACGUCUCAUCCAGAAGCAGAGCAGGCUGGAAGGCCAGUGCACAGCUCUACACAACGACAAACACGAAACCAGGGCUGAGAACACUAAGCUGAGACUCACUAACCAGGAGCUGGCCCGAGAGUUGGAGCGCACCUCCCAAGAACUCCAGGAGGCCCAGCAGCAGCUGGAGAGCCUCCAGAGAGAGGCCUGUGAGCUGCAGCAGGAGAAGGAGAUGGAAGUGUACCGAGUGACAGAGAGUCUGCAGCGGGAGAAGUCGGGCCUCCUGAAGCAGCUGGAUUUCCUAAGGGAAAGGAACAAACAUCUCCGGGAUGAACGGGACAUGAGUUUUCAGAAAGAUAAGGCGGCCAAGGCAAACACAGCUGCUUCCAAGGCAAGCAAGAAGCAGAGAUCUGGCUCUGUGAUCGGCAAAUAUGUGGAUGGCAGGGGAAUUCUCAGGAGCCAGUCAGUGGAGGAGGAUGAGGCGUUCAGCAUCCUGAGGAGGAGGAGCUCUGUGGGCCUGAGUGCAUAUCUCCUGGCAGAGGAGGAGCCGGGAACUGGGGAGCCAGGGGCUGGGGUUCCACGCCGCCAGACAUUCCGCAGAAUCAUCUCCAUUGAGGAAGACCCCCUGCCUCAGCUCCUGGAAGGUGGCUUUGAGAAGCCACUGAGCAAAUGUCCAGAAGAAGAGGAGGUCUUUGACCAGGAGGCAAAAGGACACAACAUGGCAGCCCCAGCCUCGGAACUCCUCCCUACAUCCCCCCGAGGGCAGCCUGUCGGGAAAGAAGCCCUCUACAAGGAGGAACGCAUUCCCUCUACCCCAGAUCGGCUCUUCAAGAUUGUGUUUGUGGGUGAUUCUGCUGUGGGGAAGACAUCCUUCCUGAGGAGGCUCUGUGAGGCCCGCUUCUCCCCAGGCUUGGCGGCUACUGUGGGCAUCGACUACCGUGUGAAGACGGUCACUGUGGACAAUUCGCAGGUGGCUCUGCAGAUGUGGGACACUGCUGGGCAGGAGAGAUAUCGUUGCGUCGCUCAGCAGUUCUUCAGAAAGGCUGAUGGAGUGGUGGUUAUGUAUGAUCUCACAGCCAAGCAAUCCUUCCUGUCCAUCCGGCAGUGGCUGAGCAGUGUGGAGGAAGCUGUGGGAGACCGAAUUCCUGUUCUGCUGCUGGGCAAUAAACUUGACAAUGAGAAGGAGCGGGAAGUCCCCCGAGGCCUGGGAGAGCAACUUGCCAAGGAGAACAAUUUGAUCUUCUAUGAAUGCAGCGCCUAUUCGGGCCAUAACACCAAAGAGUCCCUGCUCCACCUGGCCAGGUUACUCAAAGAGCAAGAGGACACAGUGAGGAAGGACACCAUCCAGGUUGGCCCCCCUGUCAAGAAGAAAUCCUGCUGUGGCUGACAGCAGGCCCUCCUAACCCAGCCGUGCCCACGGUCACCUGCAGCCAGCAGUCCUCCGAAGGCCAAGGUCACGUGGCUACCUGAACCAGCACUUGGGCUCCUAUGUGCAACACCUGGCAAGGCCCAACCUGCCUUGUCCUUGUUGGUGACUGGCCUCCUCUAAUGAAGGAAGCACCUGCAGCCAGAAGGCUGCUUUUUCUCUACUUCAUAUCUGCUCCCCCUUCUCUUCUGUACCCCAAUACCUACUCCUCCCCCCUCCAAAGUGUUUUCUGGUAGAAAGGAGCAGAUGGGCUUUUCCAGAAAAGUCACCACGUGCCUUCUCCACCUCCCUUCUCCUCUCUCCAUGCCCUUAGGAGUCUCUGCGCUGUGGUUGCCAUGGUAACUGUGCAGGGACAACUUGAUGCUUCUUGAAGGCCAAAGAUGUGCCAUUUGGGUGAUGCUGGGCUAGCCUGUCUUGCUUUGGGCCCUGUUCUCCAGAAACUAGAGAGCUGCUCUUGGCACGCACGUCAUGGACCUUGAGACGCUCAAGUGUCUGCUCCAGUUCCCGAGACUCUCUCUGCUUCUCCCUGAGUUCCUGAACCACAGGCUUCGAAACCUCUCCCAGCAGCCACUGCACCCACUGGAUCUGUGCUUGUGGGUCUCUGCCGUGUGCUUCCUGACGAACCUCAACCCUGACUCCAGGGUGAAUGGCGGGGGACAGUUCCACGCCUGGAGUCACAAAGCAGGUGUACUCCCUACAUAACUUUGACAAAGAAACCGAAAGAGGAAGCCAUCUAUGGCUAAAGACAGUGGCCAUUUCUGGGGGGUCUAAAUAAGAUAUGUGUCACUGUAUAAAAGGCAUUUUCUGAGCGUUUCUCCAAAGACCUCUUUGGAAAAAAUCACAUUUAUUUAUUGACAGGGUAGAUUGACAGGCAGCUGUGGUGGUGGUGGUGGGGGACCCAACACUAGGGCCAUAAUUAUUGGCUUCAUUUUGUUUCAUUUUCCUUUAUUCCAGGAGGUUAUACUCUUUUUUAAAAUGUAGCUGUGAUGUUGACAUUUUGCUGGUACUUGUGAAGUGAGCUGCCAGUAGCUGCCAGCUUCAGCAGAGGGCACUUGGCUUCAGGGAACGGCCUGAACCCUGCUUCUGGUCAGCGUUGACUGUCUGGGUGCUAGAAAGUACAUCCUUGCCCUGGACAGAAGGUAGGAUAGAAAGAUCACAAAGGGCCUUUUUUUUUUUUUUUUUUUUUUUUUUUUAAACCAGUGAUUGACAUUCCAAGUCUACAGCCGAGCCGGGCACCAGCUCCAGGGAAAAUGGAUGGCCCAACAAGUGAGACUCACUAAAAGAACAGAAUAUUAGGGACAAACCCACACAGCCAAAUAAACAGGGAGAAACAGUGAACUAGAGUUCCUAGGCAUGUUUUACAACCUCUUCCCCAGACCACCCAAAGAAUGAGAGCCCCCAAAUCUCUCAGGCAUGUGCCCACCUGCUCUGGGCAGGCUUUUUUCUUUUGCUGAUCUAGCAUUUGCAGGACCAAAAAGCCUGUGGAGGAUACUUAACAGAAUCCACCCCUGAGUGCUGUGAGGAGGUCCAUGAUCUCAGCAGGCCAGCUCCCACUCCAGACCCCUACCCCAUCAGUUAAGGAAAAGAUGGGUUAUUCAAUGUUUGGCAGCUUUCUGCUCGGAUACAUAGGAUGCCUUGUGAUAACUCUGAUGACAUAGUCAUUUUCCUUCAUAGGCUGGCCCCAGACCUCAGUCUCAGACUGGAGACAACUCCUAAGAAACUCCUUCCCUAACAGAAGGGCAUUGGUGGUGGUUACAUGUGUGGGUUGGAGCAUGCAGAAGGGGCAUGGGAGCCAGUCAGAGGCGGUGCUCACUCUGUGCAUGUGUGGGGGGGGGGCAGGUACAAGGUAGGAUUGCCAUGGGGAGGGUGGCCAGCUCCUUUCUUUCUUACCAGAGAUGGAACUGGAAUUCAUAGAGCAAAUGGGCUAUACCAGGGAUCCUCUGGGUCCCCAGAUGACUUAAUGCCCAGCACUGUGUCCCUACUAGGGCUAUCCUGUCCUUUUCAUAAACAAAGAGCCUUGAAGAGUUUGGAGGACAGAAGGAGAACACCGGUGCCAAGCCUUUGGGCAUGUGGCAAGUUCCAUCAUUCUUUAGAGGUCCAGGAGUAGAUAGGAAUGGGGCAGGGAGGCCUAGAUUGCCUCCUUUUUAGCCCCACUAUAAAGGAAAGAGAAGAACAUGGGCUUCAGUGGGGCUCUGAGAAGUCCCUUGUCCCCAGCUCUCUGCUUCUCCCCCUCCCAUUCUUUUUAAGAUACUGUGCGGAUCUGAGCCAUCCUCAGGAGCUGUCACCCUGGCCUAGAGGCUGGCAGAGUGUUCAGAAGAGCCUUCUGGCUCCAUUCCAUUUGUGCCCCUGCUGAUUAACCAGUUUUCUUGCUCAUCUAUCACAGACUGAAAGUUUCGAUGUCUUCCUCACAUGGAGCUCAAGAGUUACAGAGGCCGAGGUCAUGAAGGACUCAGUACUGUCCCCAGUACUUCACAGGUGUUGGUUACCAGGGCUUGUUUUCAUUGGGAACACAGAGUCACUGCCCAGCCCACUUUCUAGACAUCUGUCCUGAAUGGACACACUGACCAACACCACUUCCUUUGAGCAUCUCUCUUCCCAGCUCAUUGACUGGGUUCCGGGUCAGAGCUGACUUUGCUCUUGACCUUAACAUCAUUUGUUCCCAUGGACUCUCAGGAUUCCUAAAUUUCCUAUGUGGGCCUGUAUCCCAUCAGUGGCCCUUGCUGGUUCCAGGCCCCAGGCUGUGUCUUGCCCUCCCUGUCACUCAUCAGGAACUGGGGAAGCAGCUGAGACCAGGGGCCAGUGCAUGACUAUUUACCUAUGAGUAACCUUGGCUCAUGACGGCCCCACAGCUCCCGCACCUUCUCACCCUUCGCUGACUCAUGGUGACUUGUGUCUGCCGCCUCUCACAACCUUAGAUUGCCAAGUCAGGAAGUCCAGCACCAAACUGAUGUCCCAAGUACUUCGUUCUUGCUUAGGGGUUGAUUCUUUCAGACUCCUUGGGGGUAUUUCAUGUUCCCCUGUGAACAUACAGUCUCUCCUUUCACACCUUUUGGAAUCUCUCUGUUCCAUUCUUCACCUAAUUCUGGAUUCCCCACUCUCCGCAGAAGCUCACCGCAGCCAGACCUCUGUAUGAACUUUGCCAAAUGGCCCUACUCUGUGUCUGCAGUGAGUAGUGCUCCAAAGGGUUUUAAUCUAGUCUCAACUAAGGUGCUAACAAGUGGGGGCCCAGGGCUCCUACUGUGCUUUAACAGAGAACUCUAAGAAAGCUAGUGCUUCAGGUCAAAGGAAUGAGUCUCUGGUGGGGGUGUUUUUAAGUCCUUGUAGUUUGUAGGGGUCAAAUAUUUGAGACCAUGUUGCCUUUCUCUCUGCCCUUCUCAGAGAUCUCUUUGCUUCAUGCACUGGGGGUUCCACUGCUGGGUUUGAAAUAUAUUCAAACUAUGACAUCUUCAGUCUCCAGUGGCACCGUUUGUGUUCAGUACGAACGUUUGUUGUAGAGUCAAUUUUGUGGUCCCUCUUUUAUUUUCUGUUUACAUGGUAUAUUUUUUCACCUUCCAACCUGUGUAUCUUUAAAGUGAGUCUCUUAUAAACACAAUAUAGUUGGCUCAUUUUUUAAAAAAAUCCAUUUCCAGUAUCUUUUAAUUGGAAAUUUUAGUUUGUUUACAUUUAAUCUGAUUGAUAAGAAAAGAUUAUGUCUGCCACAUUGCUAUUUCCUUCCUAUAUAUAAUAUAUAUUUUAGUCCUUUGUUUUUCCAUCACCACCACCUUUUCUAUUAAAUAGAUAUUAUCUGGUUCAUCAAUAAUUAUCUUACCUGCUUUAUUUUAAAAAUAUAUCUUCUUUGUACUUGCAAUGAGGGUUACCAUGAACAUUUCAAUUUAUAACAGUAUAUUUGAAUCAAUAACAACUUAAUUUUUUUUAUUUAGGGCUUUACUUUUUAUUUCACCUGACUGUUAACUGACUUAAGAUAGCAACAUGAAUGAACAACAAAAAAAACCUUAAUUAUUUGUUUUUUAAUGCUGAACUUAUUCCGAAUAUUAAGUAAAUCCUAAUAUGUGAUUUUUACAAGAUGUAUCCUUGAGAUGUUGCAAAUAUCAGAAAAUUAUGAAUCCCACCUUGGGUAUUAGUUGAAUAACAACUUAAUUUUAAUAAGACACAAAAUUCUGAUUCUGUGUAGUUCUGUUCUCCUCUCCUUUAUGUUGAUAUUUAUUAUCAACAAUUUUAUCUUUAUCCCUUCUGAGCCUGUCAUGUAGAUUUACAAUUAUUGCUUCAUGUACUCAUCCUUUAGUUUGUCCUUUAAAAAGGAGUUAUAAGUGGCCAAGGUGCAGAGAAUAAAUGUCAAUGGAAUGGGAUAUCUACAUUUCACCCUACCCUCAAAACUCAGGGACCACCACAGAAGAGGGGAUGAUAAGACUGUAAGAGACUGGGGAGGACUGAGACAAUACAGCAUCUUCUGAACAUGGCAGGACGACCGCACACAUGAACUCACAGCGGCUGUGGUUGCCUGUACAAGAUCUGCACAAGAUCAAGCCAGUCAGUAUCCCAACAUUGGGCAGGGCUGCUCAUGAACCCUUACCCCAAGAUGAGGGGCUACUGAUGGCUUCUGGGGAGGGAGGCUCAGUUAUCUUUAAGGGUGUGGCCCCUGGGGGAUCAACCACACGCCAGUGGAUGGUCCUACACUCAUGAGUAUGUGGACAGUACUAAUUAGACUCAGUGUGUUAUUAAAAAUACACAAAAAAAGACAAGAAGUUCAGAGAGUGUGGAGAGUGGGUCUGGGAGGAGUUGGGGGAAG